AUGAGAAGGACCCCACAGAACCAGAGCCAGCAGGAGAAGAGCGAAGAUGAAGCCGCCUCCUCGUCCCCGUCCCAGAUUUUGGAUAGAGUCCAAUCAGAUAGAGUUACGGUAACAAAACCAGAAGAAGACCGAAGGCGAAGGACAAUAAUAGUAGAAAAGAAAAACGGGAGCUUCGGUUUCACCUUACAAAGCUAUGGGAUCCAUUACAAAAAGGAAAAAGAAAUAGAAAUGAUCACGUACGUAGAUUACGUAGAUUACGAUGGGCCUGCUUACAGGGCCGGCAUGAGGGAGGGCGACGUCAUUCUCUCCAUAAACGGCGCCGACAUGGAGAAAGCCGACCACAAAACCCUCGUCACCUACAUAAAGAACUGCGAGUCCCGCAUGCGGAUGGUCGUCCUGUUCGAGGACUGCGUCCGCAAGGUGGAGCUCCACAUGCGCUACAUCCAGCUGCAGCGCGUCCUCCAGGCGAAGAUGGACGAAUUGGAGCGGCUGUGCGUCAAGGAGCGCCACCUGGUCGAGGGCAAGUGGAAGACGCACAGCCUGCCGGCCAGGAAGAAGGCGUCGCACGCCGGCAACGGGGAACCCCCGACGCCCACGCAAACAUCAUAUUCCUACUGCAGGCCUACCGUUUCCACGGAGGACGUGGCCAAAGUGGUGCAACAGAAACAGAUUACACCACCUUUGGCGUUCGCUUAUCAAUAUUUAGACUCACGCUAUAGAUACGUUCUUCACCAAUCCACGAGUAGCAGUGGAGAGUACCUUCUCACGUUCGAACCGACCGGUUCGCAUUUGAAAGACAUGCAAAAUUUCGUGGUAAAGACGCCGUGCGAUCAAAAACAAACCAGAGGAUGCCAAACCAGACCGGAGAAGGCCAAGAAACCCCCGGUGUUCUGCCAAAGAUACGCAGGCCAGCUGUGCAGCCCCUGCAUCCGCUCGGGCGGCUCCAGCAACGGCGACAACAACAGCCUGGACGCCUACGAUUUGGCGAGCCCCUGCUGCGAUCCCCGCUGCGUGCCGACGGUGAGGCGGCGGUCGCGCAGCCACAAGGAGUCGCGCCGGCGGGACUCCAAGACCGAGGAGACUCAAACCGAUCCGCAGCAACCGCGGCCGCGGCCCCAUUCGCAGGCCUCGCAGACUGUGGCCGAGACGCAGACGUUCUCGGCGCCCAGGAGGUAUUUCCACAUGGGAGCGGGGAUCGUCAGCCAGUGCAGUUUGCAUUCGUGCACUUCGAGCGAGUUGAGCAACGCCGUGCCGACGACGACGACGCUGGCUGAGAGUUCGGCCAACAGUUAUACGACGUCCCUGAGCACCGAUACGCUCUAUUGGGACGGAUCCUGUGAUAAUUCUAGACAAUUAAGCAUCAAAUCUAAUAAGCACGAUAGCCAGAGCCAAAGGUACUCGCAUCAACCCCAACAGUACGAGACUAUUUAUAUUCAAUAUAAUCAGGUGAAACCUAAGUCUUGGGAUAAUUUAGCUACUAAAGCUUUCGGAGGUUACGCUUUUGGUUAUGGUUAUUUGGAUACUUCUUCUAAAUGUAGCAAAAACUCCAGAUCGACAUCGAAAAAUCAAGGAACACAAUACAGUAGGAUGGAUAAGCAAAAUAGUUGUAGUGGACAACCCCAGUAUACACCACACACGCACAGAAGGUACAUGCAACCUACGAAGUCUACAGAAAGUCUUUUAUCAGUACCUAAGUACUCCCAUGAAGGAUCGUCAGAAUCGAGUGUCUCUUGCGAAUGUUUGGAUAAUUCCUCUCCAGGAGCUGCAUCGACUGAUCGAUUCUUCCAAACCGCCAAACAAACGGUGCAAAUCAGUCCAUCGGAUCCGAAUUUCGGGUACUACAGCGCCAGGACUUCAAGAGGUGAUUACGCGAAGAACGUGGUGUCAACCAGCUCAGAAGCUACGAGAUUGUAA